AUGUUUCCAACACCACCGGUGAAGCGAGAACGAUGCUCAAAGGGUGAAGCAAGAACGACGAUGACAUCUGUUCGUCCCCGACGGGAAGGGUUCCACAAGAACGAUGUUGAAAGGGUGAAGUUUGUGGCUCGAUUUUACAUCGUUUUCGCCUUCUCCAACGACGGCUAUGAGCUUCGAGAUACUAACACAAUGACGUUAGGGGUAGGGUUCGUCGGAGAUGCCUAUAUCCUUCUCUUUCAGAUCUGCAAAUUCUUUCUUCGGUGGGGUCAUCAUCAAAGAUCUGGAAUGCCGUCUCUAUUCGUUAUCGUUGAAAAAUUGAGCCACAGUUGGUGA